UAUAUACAGACGUUUGUCAACAGUUACGGAUAGUAACCGUGGAAAGUCACGGUGAUAAAUUAUGUGAUACACCGUCACGGCGCUCUUGUCUGUACGAGCAGUUAGCUAGUUAGCAAGCUAACUACCUGGCAUGUUUCUAAAAAUAAAAUGCUGGCAUUGAUUCAAAAAGACUUUUAUUUUGAAAUCACCUGGAAAACUGUUGACAUGUAACUACUGUCAGCGUGAAAAUAAUCCGAGUUAAAUUGUACUUUAUUAGGUGUUUGAAUCAGUUAGCUGAUUGUGAUUGUUUAUUGACUCGAUGGUUCGAUAUAUCGAGUCCUAUCGACGAGUUAGCUCACGCUCUUCCACUAUCUCCUUAAACACAUCUGGUACCAGCUGUGCGGAAUAACCAUUAUCUACUGUUAAGAAUCCGUUUUUAUGUAGGCAGGGCUGUGAUGAGAGACAUAAAAUAGCAAAGAAGGUGAUCUGCCUCAGGACUUUGCAUAAAUGUUGCGCUUGAUCGCAACAUCCCUGUGCCUCCGGUGCCAACGUGCCACGGUUCUGCCUUUACACCUGAGACCAUGUGCAACACUGAAUUCAGCAGAGAACCAGCAGACCGUGCAGGCUCUCUAUGAUCUCUCUGUGGACAUCCAGAAGGUCCGGAAACUUAAGGGCUGGGUCCUGCAUCAGAGCCCAGCCUAUGCUAAUGAGGUAGCUGACCUGCUGAAGGACAUGGGAGCCUCUGGCUCCAUCAUCUCCCGGAUCCUAGCGAUGCACCCAGAGGCGAUCCUCUGUCACCCAGAGCAGAUGCAGGCUCAGAGGGAGCUGUGGAUGUCUGUGUGUCCAAAACAAAGAGAGCUGGUUGGUAUCAUUGAGAAAUUCCCAGCCUCUUUCUUCACCUCGUCCAGUCACCAUGACAACCAGCGGAACAACAUUGCUUAUUUCCAGAGUUUAAACCUCAACAAGCGAAUCAUCACUAAGCUCAUGGCCAGCGCUCCCCAGAGCUUCAGGCGGCCAGUAGAGCAGAACGAGGUGAUGGUGCGCACCCUCCAGCAGGCCUACCAGGAGCUCGGGGGUGAAGAGGCCAAUAUGAAGAUCUGGCUUCAAAAGCUGCUGAGUCAGAACCCGUUUGUUCUCCUCAAGCCCCCUGAGGUGCUGAAGCAGAACCUGCUGUUCCUGAGAGACAAGGGCUUCAGCACGGCCGAGCUCCUCCGCCUCCUCUCUAAACUCAGGGGCUUUGUCACCGAGCUGAACCCGGAGAGCAUGCGCCGCACCCUGGCGUACUCCCAGGACACCAUGGGCUGUUCUGAGGCAGAGCUACGGGACAUCAUCAUCAACUGCCCGGCUCUACUUUACUACCCUGACGUUAUUCUGGCCGAGCGCUUUAAGGGCCUCCUCAGUGCUGGGAUCAGCAUGUCUCAAAUCAUAGAGACUCCCACAGUUUUGGAGCUGACCACGCAGAUAGUGAAUUAUCGCAUAGAGCGACUGAGGAUGCUUGGUUAUGAUGUAAGGACAGGAAGUCUGGAGGCUCUAAAUGGCACUAAGAAGGACUUUGAGAUUAGCUGUGGAAAACUACAGCUACGUAGAGAAAGACCAAUCUUUAACCCUGUUGCCCCUUUAAGAGGAGACGACUGACAAAAAAAAAGCUGUAACUGAAUGUCUACAACCCUAAUUUAUGUAAUUAAUGUUGGGACGCUGCAAAAAUGUAAUAAAAACAGAAUGCAAUGA